AUGGCCUCAUCAGAGUACUCGCAAACACUGAAACACAUCACUGAUGCGAAGCUCGACGAGCUUUCCAUCAAGCGCCAGAUAUUCCUGGAGCGCAAAGCACAGCGGAGUCUAGUCUCACCGAUCGCGAAGAUCCGUGCCCUCGCCGAUGGAGUCAAGUCGUGCUUCAACAUCACCGUCAAAGACGGUCGCGUAGUGAUCGGUUCGAGCAAUCACCAACAACUCGAAAUAGCCCUUGCCAACCUUGACCGAUUCCUCAAACAAGCCGAGUAUGAUCCUGCAAUAUCGCCAGAUAUGACCGAGCGCUGGCAUCAGACGCUACUCCGCUAUCUUGACAUCCAGACACUCAAAUACGAAUACGCGACGCUCUUCGCACAGCUCACCAUGGAGUGGUUGUCGGUCAAGAACCGAAGCUCACAGCCCCUUGCUGCGUCCCAGGAUGACUUCGAGAAGCUCGCGAGCCCGGCCAAGACGGAAAGUCGACAAGCGUGGGAGAAGGUCGUGUUCACUCCUGCUGGUCAUGACGCUGAGACUAUCACUGCUUUCCUCACAGAGCUCUUUUCUGGAAUCGGUCCCCCUGAACAGGAGGGAGAGACAGACCAAGCACGAGGCGUGGAGAAGACGUUAUGCGCACUCCGGGACAAAGUUGCAGCCUUCGAAAACAGUCUCUCCCUGGGACAGAUUACGUUUGGAACUCUCAACUGGGUGAUCAAUGGGCUGCUGAAUUCCGACCUGGUGACGGACAAGCAACGGGCGGCCUUGCGAGAGUUCCAGAAAGAUGACACCGUCCUAAAUGAGUUGUCCGACGUGCUCAACAUGCGGCUGGCCGGCCUACAUGCGUGGACAUGGGGGCCUGCUGUCCACGUCGAGCAAAGACGUCAGAUGAAUGGAACAUACCAGAUCCGCAUGCAUGAAGACCUCAUCCAGGCGAUAUUCUUGCAAUAUCUCGGUGUCAGGUGGUCCGUAUUUUUCAAAAGCGCCCUGCAUGACUUCCGAAAGACACGCCAUUACUGGAAAACCCUGCGAUCCCAGGUCCCGGCUAUCGAUAAAAAACGUCGCGAGUUCUUCCUCGACAAAUGCAGUGAUAAACCCAGUGUGCAAAUCACCAAGGAAUCCAUUCAUCGAAAGGCUUAUUUUGUCUCGCAGCUGCUUGAUACCGAGUUCCAAAUCCGAAAGCAUGAGGAAGGCGAAGAAGAGGCCUCCUCUUGGGGUCACGCCAAAAAGGCCCGAACAAAGCAGUCCGCACACAGAGUACAAUCACCGGCGGGAGUGGCGAGAUUCCUCAAGGCAGCCGAUUCUGUUGAAGACGAGGAAAUGGCAGAAUCUGAUGAGGACAUGGGGUUUGCUCUGUUCGACGACGAGCACGUCACUUCUCACGACCCGGAUGCCACCUACGAUGACAUCUGGGGCGCGAGCUUGAAGUCACCCGCCAACCAGUCGCAGGCGAAACAGAACCUUUUACUUCUCUUGAGCGCAGACACAAUCAUCAACAAACGGCUCCAUGGGGAGAUUACUUGCUUCCGGGCUCAGUACGAAUCCCUGUACCCGAGCCUGCCUCACUCCACGAUUCUGGCGGUCCUCAGCUUCCUCGGCGUAUCGGAAAAGUGGCUGAGCUUUUUCGAGAAGUUCCUCGCUGCGCCGUUGAAGUUUAUGGAUGAGCCCGAUGCAGAGCCGCGAACGCGCCGACGGGGAACCCCGGGGUCGCACGUAUUGAGUGAGCUAUUUGGCGAGACUACACUCUUCUGCCUUGACUUGAUGAUCAAUAAGGAAUGCGACGGCGAGCUACUCUGGCGAGUCAACGACGAUAUGUGGUUCUGGUCCCGCGAUCAGGAAACAUGCGUGACCGCGUGGAAGGCCAUUCAGCGCUUCAACGAGACGAUGGGCAUUUCUAUCAGCGCAGACACCAGUGGCGGUGCUCAUAUAACCGCUGAGAAAACGGAGCAGAAAUCGACCCUUGACCCUGUCCUGCCGAAGGGCAAAAUUCGAUGGGGAAUGCUGUACCUCAACCCCGAGUCUGGCAAUUUCGAGAUCGACCAAGAAAUGGUAGACGAGCAUAUCAAGGAGUUGCAGCGCCAGCUGUACGACAAGCAAGGCAGCGUUUUUGGGUGGAUCCAGGCCUGGAACUCUUACGCAUCCACGUUCUUCACUUACAACUUUGGGAUGCCGGCGAACUGUUUCGGUCAACGACACGUCGGCAUGAUGUUACAGACGCACGAGCGGAUUCAACGCAAAAUAUUCUCUCUGGGUCCGGAAGGAGGUAAAGGGGACAGCAGCGUGGUCACUUACCUCCGUGACAAGAUUCAAUCACGCUUUGGAACGGAGAAUCUCCCCGAUGGAUACUUCUUCCUCCCAAUCGAUCUCGGAGGACUAGAGCUAUCUAGCCCAUUCAUUAACCUCGUUGCCCUCCAUGAUUCGAUCUUGUCCAACCCCGACUCCCUGCUCGACGAUUUCUUCGAAGCAGAGAAGAGCGCAUACGCCGCCCUCAAGCGACGAUACGACGAAAAGGAUAAAGACAGCCUUAAGUACCAACGUCGUUAUCGCCCUGAAGAUGCGGACCAUUUCAUGUCAUUCGAGGAAUAUACCCGUCACCGGGAGUCUGUGGACUACGGUUUCCAGCACCAGUUGGUGUGGGUCUAUGAUCAACUCUUGAAGCGGCCGCAGCAGGAGGAGAUCCGCCAGGAUGUCUCCGGACCCGUUACCUUGGGUCUUGGUCAGCUGCAGAGCCAGCUCAAUUUAUCUGGAAUCCGGUCGGACUGGAGGAUGAUGUCGUCCUACUGGAAAUGGCUGGCGCAGCUGUAUGGGCCGGAGAUUGUGGAUCGAUUUGGUGGGUUCAAUAUCGUCGACCCAGGGUUGUUGCCCAUCGGGCUGGUGAGCCAGUUCCGCAGUGGUAGGGUCAGUUGGACGGAGGAGUAA